UGCAGAUGUGCAGUCACUUCAGAUUGGCUGGAGCAUCUGAGUCCACAGAAGAGCAACUUCUCACCCUUCGAGGCUGCUGUGGAAGCUCCUGGGGCAGCAGACAGGAACCGAGACGGGAGCACCGCCCUCCCGCCGGAUUCCCGGCGGCUCCUCCUCCCACUCCCAAACCCACUCCCAAACCAAAGUGCAGGCUUCCCCGUUCCAGCCAGAAGCGCUGCGUGAGCCUCCACACGUAGCCUCAGGCGGCUCCUUAAAUAGUGUCCGCGCUGAGCAAACAGUCCAGACGUGGGGCCCGGGAGGGCGAGCGGAGGCGACCGCACCGGGCGCACAGUGGCGGCGGGUCAGCGGGCGGCCAAUAGCCAGGGCGCGGCCCGCCUCUUCGCCUCCCCUCAGGGAACCUAUAAGGCGCCGCAGCGCCCGGCGCGCCAGCUGCUGUGCGCCUCCGCCGACGACCUGACAGACUCUGCGGCGUUACGCGCCGCUCCGACUGCCAGCCGCGCGCCUCGCCCGCCUGCUCCCGCCCGCAAUUUCAGCCCGGGGCGGACCUGGGUCCCUGCGCUCUCGCGAGAAGUGCGGCGCUGCGGGGCCGUGGGCGCCGGAGCCCGCGCGGCCCUCGAGGGCCGAACAUGGUGGGGCGCAAGGUGACUCCUCAGCUGCUGCUCCUUGCGCUCGUCCUUCACCCCUGGAAUCCCUGCCUAGGUGCUGACUCAGAGAAGCCCUCGAGCAUCCCCACAGAUAAAUUAUUAGUCAUAACUGUAGCAACAAAAGAAAGUGAUGGAUUCCAUCGAUUUAUGCAGUCAGCCAAAUAUUUCAAUUAUACUGUGAAGGUCCUUGGUCAAGGAGAAGAGUGGAGAGGUGGUGAUGGAAUUAAUAGUAUUGGAGGGGGCCAAAAAGUGAGAUUAGUGAAAGAAGUCAUGGGACACUAUGCUGAUCAAGAUGAUCUGGUUGUCAUGUUUACUGAAUGCUUUGAUGUCAUAUUUGCUGGUGGUCCAGAAGAACUUCUAAAAAAAUUCCAAAAGGCAAACCACAAAGUGGUCUUUGCAGCAGAUGGAAUUCUGUGGCCAGAUAAAAGACUAGCAGACAAGUAUCCUGUUGUGCACAUUGGGAAACGUUAUCUGAAUUCAGGAGGAUUUAUUGGCUAUGCUCCAUACAUCAACCGUAUAGUUCAACAAUGGAAUCUCCAGGAUAAUGAUGAUGAUCAGCUCUUUUACACUAAAAUUUACAUUGAUCCACUGAAAAGGGAAGCUAUUAACAUCACAUUGGAUCACAAAUGCAAAAUUUUCCAGACCUUAAAUGGAGCUGUAGAUGAAGUUGUUUUAAAAUUUGAAAAUGGCAAAGCCAGAGCUAAGAAUACAUUUUAUGAAACAUUACCAGUGGCAAUUAAUGGAAAUGGACCCACCAAGAUUCUCCUGAAUUAUUUUGGAAACUAUGUACCCAAUUCAUGGACACAGGAUAAUGGCUGCACUCUUUGUGAAUUUGAUACAGUUGACUUGUCUGCAGUGGAUGUCCAUCCAAAUGUAACAAUAGGUGUUUUUAUUGAGCAACCAACCCCUUUUCUACCUCGGUUUCUGGACAUUUUGUUGACACUGGAUUACCCAAAAGAAGCUCUUAAACUUUUUAUUCAUAACAAAGAAGUUUAUCAUGAAAAGGACAUCAAGGUAUUUUUUGAUAAAGCUAAACAUGAAAUCAAAACUAUAAAAAUAGUAGGACCAGAAGAAAAUUUAAGUCAAGCGGAAGCCAGAAACAUGGGAAUGGACUUUUGCCGUCAGGAUGAAAAUUGUGAUUAUUACUUUAGUGUGGAUGCAGAUGUUGUUUUGACAAAUCCAAGGACUUUAAAAAUUUUGAUUGAACAAAACAGAAAGAUUAUUGCUCCUCUUGUAACUCGUCAUGGAAAGCUAUGGUCCAAUUUCUGGGGAGCAUUGAGUCCUGAUGGAUACUAUGCACGAUCUGAAGAUUAUGUGGACAUUGUUCAAGGAAAUAGAGUAGGAGUAUGGAAUGUCCCAUACAUGGCUAAUGUGUACUUAAUUAAAGGAAAGACACUCCGAUCAGAGAUGAAUGAAAGGAACUAUUUUGUUCGUGAUAAACUGGAUCCUGAUAUGGCUCUUUGUCGAAAUGCUAGAGAAAUGACUUUACAAAGGGAAAAAGACUCCCCUACUCCGGAAACAUUCCAAAUGCUCAGCCCCCCAAAGGGUGUGUUUAUGUACAUUUCUAAUAGAAAUGAAUUUGGAAGGCUAUUAUCUACUGCUAAUUACAAUACUUCUCAUUAUAACAAUGACCUCUGGCAGAUUUUUGAAAAUCCUGUGGACUGGAAGGAAAAGUAUAUAAACCGUGAUUAUUCCAAGAUUUUCACUGAAAAUAUAGUUGAACAGCCAUGUCCAGAUGUCUUUUGGUUCCCCAUAUUUUCGGAAAAAGCCUGUGACGAAUUGGUAGAAGAAAUGGAGCAUUACGGCAAAUGGUCUGGAGGAAAACAUCACGAUAGCCGUAUAUCUGGUGGUUAUGAAAAUGUCCCAACUGAUGAUAUCCACAUGAAGCAAGUUGAUCUUGAGAAUGUAUGGCUUCAUUUUAUCCGGGAGUUCAUUGCACCAGUUACACUGAAGGUCUUUGCAGGCUAUUAUACGAAGGGGUUUGCACUAUUGAAUUUUGUAGUAAAAUAUUCCCCUGAAAGACAGCGUUCUCUUCGCCCUCAUCAUGAUGCUUCUACAUUUACCAUAAACAUUGCACUUAAUAACGUGGGAGAAGACUUUCAGGGAGGUGGUUGCAAAUUUCUAAGGUACAAUUGCUCUAUUGAAUCACCACGAAAAGGCUGGAGCUUCAUGCAUCCUGGGAGACUCACACAUUUGCAUGAAGGACUUCCUGUUAAAAAUGGAACAAGAUACAUUGCAGUAUCAUUUAUAGACCCCUAAGUUAUUUACUUUUCAUUGAAUUUAAAUUUCUUUUGGAUGAAUGACUGACAUGAACACGUCUUUGAAGUUGUGUCUGAGAAGAUGAGAGGAAUAUUUAAAUAACUGCAACAGAACAGCUUCACUUUGGGCCAAACAUUUGAAAAACAUUUUAUAAAAAAUGUUAUUUCUUAAUGUCUGCUCUGAGCCUUAAAACACAGGUUGAAGAAGAAACGAAAGAAAAAAACAGCAAAAGAAAAUAUUUAUUUCUAAGCUUUUUUUGCCUCUGAGAAUAAUGACAAUUUUAUGAAUAUUUGUUUCAAGAUGAUAAAAUAUUUAGGUACAAAUGACAAGACUAAUUAUAUUUUCUUAUUUAAAAAAAGCAUGGGAAGAUUUUUAUUUAUCAAAAUUAGAGGAAAUAUAGAUGAAAUGGAUAUAAAUGAAAUUACCAUGUUUUAAAACUUUGAAAAUCAGAUUCAAACUGUAUUUGUAUGCAAUUAAGUACUUUUUUGAAUACCUAUGCAGGUCUUAUUUACAGUAGUUACUACAGGAACACACAAUUAUACAAUGUUUUCCUUAAGAAAAUUAGUACAAAAUACAACUGAGGAGCAUAUACAGUUGAAAACAUUUUUGCUUAGAUUGUAAGGCAGAAUAUUUUACAUUUGUAUUAAAAAUCAAACUCUGUGUUUCUUCAGAUGAAUCUUCAAAAGUGGAUUAUAUUAAGUAGGUAUUAGAUUUAGGAAAACCUUUCCAUGUCUUAAAGUAUUAUCAAAUGUCAACUUCAGAUCAACAAGUGUCCUUAAGUCAAAACAGGCUUUUUUUUUUGUUUCCCUUUUUUAGAAAGUUCUAGAAAAUAGUGAGGAAAAAGAAAAGUUUCAUUGAGAUGAGUAGUGCAUUUAUAAUUUUUUUAAAAAACUUUUAAGUACUUGAAUUUUAUAUCAGGAAAAUAAAGUCGUUGAGCCUUGCUUCUUCCCUUUUGCCCUUUGUCUCUCUCCUUAUUCUUUUUUUGGGGGGAAGGUUAUUUGUUUUUUUCUCUUCCUGGCAUAAUUUCCAUUUUAUUCUUAGUGUCUAUAUUAACUUCCCUGUAUCCCACUUAUAAAAAAAUACCCCAACAAAAAUAUUUGUUGACUUGAUGUUUUAUCAUUUCUCUAAGUAAGGUUGAAAUAUCCUUAUUUUAGCUACUGUUUUUAAUGUAAAGGUUAAACUUGAAAAGAAGCUCUUAAUCAUGGUGCGAACAUUCAUUUUCUAACACUAUGUGUUAGAAAAUUAUAAAAAAUAAAAUAAUUUUAGAA